AUGGAGCAGGGCGGAGGAGCGGAUGGUGCCGACACUGGGGGGGCUGUGCCAGCCACCACCGUGACACGGGGCGAAGGCGCAGGUGAGCCUGGGCUGAAGAAGGCUGCAGGAGAGGCUGGAGGAGGGAAGACAGAGCCGGAGCAGGAGACAGCUCUGGCUGCUCCAGAGCCCCAGGAUGGACGGGAAGCAGUUCCAGGAGAGGAGGCUUCGGCUGUGCGGCAUGAUGGAGGACAGGCAGCAUCUGAUGGAGGACAGGCAGCAUCCACUGUGGAGAAGGUGCUGGCUGCCACCGAGGCCCAGGGUGUAGGGAAGGAUGAGAAAGAUAAGCCUGGGAAGAAAAAAGCUCCAGCUGCAGGAGAGCUCAAAGGAGGAAAGGCUUCAGCUGCUGCAAAGGCUAAGGAUGGAGGGAAGGAUGAGCCCAUGCAGGGGAAGUGCCUGGCUGUAACUGAGGCACAGGAUAGAGGAAAAGACAAGCCCAAGAAGGAGGAAGCACCUUGUGGGUCAGGAAUUGAGAGAGGUGGAAAAACAGAGUCCACUGAAGAGAAGGCUCUGGCUGCAGCAAACUCUGAAGGAGGGAAAGCAGAACCUAUGGAGGAGACAGCCUUGGCUGCAACUCGGGCUCAGGAUGGAGGCAAAGGAGAGCCUGCAAAGGAGAAAAUCACAGUGGUUGCAAAACAGGAGGUCCCAGCCACUGCUAAAACUCAGGAUGAAGGGAAGCAAGAUGCAAAAACAGAGCAAUCCCCAGCUGAUACCAAGCCUGCGAAGGAGAAGACCACGGCUGCUGCAAAGGAAAAGCCCCCAAAUGCUGUGAAGGCCCAGUGUGGGGAGAAUAAAGUGGUAAAGGCAGAAAAAGCCCCAGCAGUUAAAAAGGCUCCAGACAGAGGCAAAGAGGAGCCCACAAAGCAGAAGGCUUCAGCUCCAGUGAAGGAGAAAGCCCCCGUUUCAGUGAAAGAGAAAGACAUAAUUCCUGCCAAGGAGAAAGCCCCAGAUGCUUCCAAGGCUCAGGAUGGAGAGAAGGCAGCAGCAGAGGCAGAGAAAACAUCAGCUGAAAAAAUGGCCCAAGGUGGAGGCAAAAAAGAGCCUGCAAAGGAGAAGCCCCUAGCAGUUGUGAAGGUACAGGAUGGAGGGAAGAAACCUGCAAAGGUGGAAAAACCCACAGUUGCAUCAAAGGCUGGGGAUGAAGGAAAAGAUCCUAAAAAGGAGAAGGUCUCGGCUACUACAAAGGCUCGGGAUGGAGGGAAGAAAGCUGCAGAGGUGGAGCCUCCCACACCUGGAGCAGAGGCUGGGGAUGGGGCUGCAGAGCCCAUGGAAGCAGCGGCCAUGGCUGUUGUGAAGGCUCAGGAUGAAACGGAGGAAGUGUCUAAGGGGACAGAGGGACAGCCACCAACAAUCCCUGAACCCCCCCGCCCAGCUCUGCUGCAGAGCCUGAGCUGCCCAGCUGCCUGCCACAGGGAGGACCAACCCUGGGCAGAGGUGGCAGAGAUGGAAACAAUAGAAGAGGAGACCACAAUGGUGGAGACGAAAGAGGGUCCAACAGAGCCUGGCUCUGGCCCACCAGCCCUGGGGGACCUGCAGCCCCUGGAACCCUCCGGCACCCCUCAGGAGAGGACAUUGCCCAGUGCCACAGGGCAGCUCCUGGAUCCUGCUGGGGUGGCAGAGCAGCCUGGACCUGGGGUGCAACCAUCUCUGACAGAGGCAAAGCCACCCCCCAGCCCCUACCUCACUCCUGAUUUUGGAAAGGAAGACCCUUUUGAGAUAUUGGAUGAUGUCCCUCCGCCACCAGCACCCUUCGCUCAUCGCACCGUCACCCUGCGCUCUGCCAGUGUCAGCUCCCAGUUCAGCCUCAGCUCCAAGGACAUCCUGGGGGGGGGCAAGUUUGGUGAAGUUCACACAUGCACAGAGAAGGAGACGGGGCUCAAGCUGGCAGCCAAAGUGAUCCGGAAGCAAGGAGCAAAAGACAAGGAGAUGGUGCUGCUGGAGAUCGAUGUGAUGAACCAGCUGAACCACCACAAUCUCAUCCAACUCUACGAUGCCAUCGAAACGCCCCGUGAGAUCAUCCUCUUCAUGGAAUUUGUGGAGGGUGGUGAGCUCUUUGAGCGGAUCAUCGACGACGAUUACCACCUGACAGAGGUGGACUGCAUGGUGUUCGUCCGGCAGAUCUGCGAGGGCAUCCGCUUCAUGCACCACAUGUGCGUCCUCCACCUCGACCUCAAGCCUGAGAACAUCCUCUGUGUCGCUGCCACGGGGCACAUGGUGAAGAUCAUCGACUUUGGGCUGGCUCGAAGGUACAAUCCCAAUGAGAAGCUGAAAGUGAACUUUGGCACCCCUGAAUUCCUCUCCCCUGAGGUGGUCAACUACGAGCAGGUCUCCUACACCACGGACAUGUGGAGCAUGGGCGUCAUCACCUAUAUGCUGCUCAGCGGCCUCUCCCCCUUCUUGGGUGACGAUGACACCGAGACACUCAACAAUGUCCUGGCUGCCAACUGGUACUUUGAUGAGGAGACCUUUGAGAGCGUCUCCAAUGAGGCCAAGGACUUCGUCUCCAACCUCAUCAUCAAGGAUAAGAGUGCCCGGAUGAGCGCUGACCAGUGCCUGCAGCAUCCCUGGCUCAAUAAUCUGGCAGAAAAAGCCAAACGCUCCAACCGGCGGCUUAAGUCCCAAGUACUGCUCAAGAAAUAUGUCAUGAGACGUCGCUGGAAGAAAAAUUUCAUUGGGGUGUGCGCUGCCAACCGCUUCAGGAAGAUCACCAGCUCAGGGUCCCUGACAGCGCUGGGAAUCUGA